CAUAUACACGCGACAGGACAAAAGCGGGAGAUUCGUGUUUAUGUGAGGAUUUACAAGAAUGAUGCUUAACAUGUCACUGAUUUAGGUGUGAUUGAAGAGCUCUGAAUGAGAUGGCCACACAAAGAGUCCUCCCGCAAAGCAAAGAGUCUCUUCUGCAGAACUACAACAAGAGACUUAAAGAUGACAUAAAGUCAAUUCUAGACAAUUUUACGGAAAUAAUCAAAACUGCCAAGGUGGAAGAUGAGACCCAGGUUUCCAGGGCAACGCAAGCUGAGCAGGACCACUAUGAAAUGCACGUGCGAGCUGCCAACAUCGUACGUGCUGGAGAGUCUCUUAUGAAGCUUGUCUCAGACUUGAAGCAGUUUCUUAUCCUGAAUGACUUCCCCUCUGUCAACGAGGCCAUAAGUCUCCGCAAUCAGCAGCUGCGCACGUUGCAGGAAGAAUGCGACAAGAAGCUCAUAUCCCUGCGUGAUGAGAUUGCCAUCGACCUAUUUGAGCUCGAGGAAGAGUAUUAUUCCUCCAGGUACAAGUAGCCCAGUGAUCCUACAAACGUGUGCAGUCACCUCUGCCUACCCUUGCUUACCAACGACAUAAAAAUGCACUCACCAUAACGCAUAUGUGCAUCAUUCGAACAUACAAAUAGGAUGAAUCAUGAAGCCAUUUAGAUGCCUAAAGGUAUUUUACCUUGUGUUUUUUUUUUCUUUUCUUUUUUUUGGAUCAAACCAUUGGUCAUUUAACUAAAAUAUCAUGUGCUAUCCAUUUUGGCUUGCAGCAUUUAUUUUAAUAAACUUUCCCAGGUUUGUCCUCCAUACACAUAUAUGCAGUCAUACCUACCAUUGUGCUUUAAAAAAAGUGUUUAUUCUUGCAGAUAAGCCUUUAACUACUCACUGAGUGUAUUCUUCUCUCACAUAGUAAAGUCAUUAAUAAAUGGAAUAAAACCAAUUUGACACAAUUUCGGCACUUUAGGUCUGUCGAUUUUAUUCCACUUACCAUGUUCAUAACAGUAAUCCAGACAUAUCGUUAUCUGAUGUAUAUGCUACUAAUAUAGUAAAAAUGUCGGAUCCAUAUUACAGUCACACCAAAGAAAAGGAAAUGAUCAAUCCCUUUCCGUAUAACUGGUUUGAUCAAGAAUACUCAAUUAUAAUUGGUGCAUAUUAACCAUUUCCCCCAAGUGCCUUAAAAGAAUGUGUUUUAAAAGUUGUACUUUUCUCUUGCAAGACAUCAGGACAUGUAUUCACUCUCAAUUGUAGUGUUGGUACAAUAGCUGUGUUAAUAGAGAUUAGUACAUGAUAAAUCUGGAUCAGUAUUCCUAUACUGAGAUUUCUGAUGUAUUUUAAGCACACCAGUAUAACCAAUUAUUAUAUGUGAAGAGAAAUUUUUAUUUGGAAAUAAUAUAAUGUUUGAGGAAGAAUUUACAUUUUAAUGUUACACAUUACUGUUGGAUUAAAUUAAUUUACAAAAUUGGCUGCAAAAGUUAACGCACUUUAGAAUUUGUGCUGUUGUUAUUGUAUAGAAAAUAAAUGGCUUUUUAGAAACCUAUUAACUUAGCUUGCUUGAAACAACAACAAUCAAAUGUUUUACUAUAUAAUUCAUAUACAUGUAUUAAGCUACUUUUCUCUUAUUAUUACUCCAAUUGUACUUUGUGUAUUCUGGCAAAAUACAGUAUUUAGCUCUCAUUGGCAUAUGUAUCGUUCAAAAUGUAACAUUUAUCUUUUUUCCUGAGUGGAUUAAAAUUACACUACAAUGUGUUUCUUUGUGGUGACUUAUUGAGUAGAAUAAGUCACAUUAGUGUCUGUUCCACAUGUGUCAGUUUUUCCAUAAAACAGACAAACUGGUCAUUUCAAAUUUCUUUAAUAAACUAGACAGAAAAGAGAGCACUUUUAGUGUCCAUUUUCAUUUUUUCGCUCCCCUCAGAAUCAAAACAUAUUUUCCGCCUCUCUCUGUUGAGUGCAUAGAUAAAAAUGUUCUGUUGCUUACAGCCUUUCAACUUAAUCUAUUGAGAAAUUCUAUCAAGCUCACCACACAUCUUUCAAUGCACAGAAACAGUUAACAGAAGAGCAAUAUGAUCUAACAGACUAGUUUCUAUGAACAUCAGGUGACCACACAUUACCAAUCAAGCUUCCUCUCCCUACUUGUGCUUCCUUUCCCAUUUCCUUCUUAAAUUGUGUGAGUUUGUGUAUGUGUCUCUUUUACUGAUUGGCAUGCUGAACUCUGAUCAUGAUCGAAUGUGCAACACUUCACAUGUAUACUGCUAAUGCUUUACUCAUUGUGUUUUAGGCAGAAGUGCACAGAGGAAAUGUUAGUUUGUGUAUAACGUGUGUGUAUAACGU